AGCUUCACCUCUGUAGGAGUAAACCUUAUGCAGCCUUGAAAUAAGCAAGAAUAACAUACACAUGCAGAGCUUCUUUAAAAAAAGAGUGAAGAAUGAAGACCACAAAUUCUGGAAAGAAGGAAGAGCUUGAGUUGUAACAUGGAUGAUGAAUGGUGGGGUAACAUCCUGACUGUCAACUUCAUCUAAGGAAAGGAUUUAUAGAAAGGCAGUUUAGUUCUUGUGGAGCAGAAAUCACGGUGAAGAUCAUUUCAAAAAUACACUCAUUUGGAGUUUACAGCUGAUGUUCCCUAUGGAUAACUUCCUGAUAUUUUCUUCAGUGGUCUUGUUAUCAUUUUGCAAUUAUUUAGUUUACGCUACAGACCCUGAAACUGAGGGUCCCAUUGCCAUGUGCCAAUGCAGUUUCUCCACUAAUGGCAAUGGUACCUCAAAGAAGCUAAAUAUGAAGUGGGAGAAGGUGGAUGGUCUUCCUAGUGAGACUCUAUUAGUGUAUCCUGACAAGAGGAUUCAGGUACCCAGCUUCAACUGCUCCUACAUGGAAGGUUCAGACUGCCUCAUAGAGAAGCUGGAGAAAACUAAUAUCUCCUUACGGCUUAAGUGUGUGAAGACAGAUCACCAUGAGAAAAACAUAGGCACAGAGAAAGAAACCUUAGCUGAUAGACUUGGGAAAGACAACAUGAAAGUUGAUCAAGUAGAUAUUCAAGUCACAGUCAAUAAGACAGUUGUUGCUGAGCUUUCCUAUGACACUGUCAUUCUCUGCAGUUUCAGUGGUACUGUUGAACUACAGAAUUCUGCAGUUUACUGGAUGAGAAAAUACCCCACAAAAAGUGUCACUGUAAUGGCAUAUGAAAAUGGGCUCAGGCAGCCAGCUAAAGAAAACUCAGCAUACUUGAGCAGAACCCAACUGAUAUUCGACAACACAACUGGUGAUGCCUCACUGCUUCUGAAGAGUGUAAACCUGGCAGACAGCGGGGUCUACGUGUGUCAGGUUGGAAAUCUAAAAACAAACAAGUCAGCAGAAGGAUGGAUGAACCUGACAGUGACUGCAUCUUCAAGAACAAUGAUUGUUAAAGGCAUCCAGAAUCAUAGUCUCACUGUAAUUUCCAAUUCAUGGUACCCUACUGUAACAAUACAAUGGCUAGAUAGUAAUGGAACGGACAUUACAAACAAAUCUCAUUCAGAAAUCACGUGCAACGGCACCAUGGAUGGACUUUGUCAGAUUAUCUCCUCUUAUCCUCUUGAUGAUGUCCACAACAUGGAUUUCUGCAUCUCCUGUAUUAAUCCUUACAGUUACAAGUCAACAUCGGUGAUCUUCAAGUACAGAGGUCCAGACAUUGAGAUGGCAACUAAAUGGAUAGGAAUCUCAGGAUUACUAGGGGCACUACUAGGAGGAUUACUUGGAGCUCUUCUGUACUUCUUACAGAGACGCUGCUCUAAAAAAGACACUCAAGAACAUGAACUACAAUCUGAGUGCGGUUCCUUAAUUUCUGGACAGAGAAGAGAUUCUAUGGAGGAUCUCCGUGUAAAUAUGUGAUCAUGUGUCAUCUCCUGAGCACAGAGAACACAACUGCCUUUCCUCCUUGAAUAUCAAGAUUUCAGACAUGGCUGACCAAGAAAUGUUCCUCCUUUCUGUUGAAUUACGUGGCUGAAAUAGGUUGUAGUGUCAAUGGAGGACUGAGAAUCUGCUACUGUUACUGAUUUUUGUCACUUACUGUUCAUGUGACAAAAGCCUUUUCAUAAUGUGGGACACACUCAGCAAUAAUACAGUCAUACUAUUAAUCUCAAAUAUUUUUGGAACUGUUAUAUUUCAAUUAGGGUUCAAAUGUCUCUUUUAUGUGUACCUUGUUCAUUGUUUAUGUUAACAUUGUUGAUUAUUUUAUUUUUUAUGUCUAAACAUCUUUUACUAUGUGUCAUGGGUUUUCCCACCUCCCCAUUACCUUUAAGGUACUGGCCUCAACCCUAUAAAGGCUGAAGAAAACCCACAGUCCCUUGCAGUUCAUUGUGAAUGAACUCAUGUUAUUCUGUGCUUUUGUGAAUUUCUGGAUUUGUGAUCUCUGUGCUCUGCUUUUUUGAGUAUUCACAUUGGGACUGUGUUUCAGUUGGCAUUGCCUAUUUUGAAGGGAAAUGCCUUCUGUGUCUUUCUAUGCCUCAGAGCUUAUUUUUGUUACACAGAUACUUUUUAAAAAUAAAUCUAUUUAUAAAGAUACCAAUUUGCCCUUGUUUUGAGUAACCAGGGUUUAAUGGUCUUUCUCCCUCUAGUGUUCAUUUUUGGAGAUAUUUCAGGACUUUGUGCUUGGAAACUCUUUAGUUCAUAACAGGAGUCAAUUCUGUCACAGAGAUAAUCUGUUAUGGUAGCACAAAUCUUUGCUCUCUCCCAAAAAUGUUGAUUUAUACCACAUGCA